AUGCGGUACAACAGGAAUGGGCUCGUGGUAGCCCUGUCCUUUCUUCUAGCUGCUCAGUCCACCCAGGCUGGCCCUAUCUGGACUGGCAGAAUAGCCCGAAGAGCUCCUGGAGCUUUCCUAGAUAUUCGAAAUGAAAACACACAAGCUGCCCCUACUGCGGCUGACCAUGGCUCCGAUGGCUCAGGCCAAGACAGCGAGUCGACCCCGCGACCCAUCUUCUCGACUCUGGACUCAGAUGUAAACAUCCCUCAGUCCUUCGUCUCUCAGUCUCCGAACGGCGAGAAGGAUGCCGAGGGCCCUGCCGAGCCUGUCGAGGUUAUCCCCAUCGACCAGACCACCGACGCUCCCGCGCCUACGACAGUUGCUGAGGAGACUUCAGAAAAGUCUGUGGAGCAGCCUGCUUUUACUCAGAACCCCUCCGAGGCCAUCGUGACGACUUCUAUUGUUCCCAAGGAGCCCGCGUCCGACCCACAGACGUCUUAUGCCCCAGCGGUAACGUCUUCUGCUGCGCCUGAGGAGCCCGCCAGUAGCGCACAGGAAUCUUCUCCGGCGAUUCUGACGACUUCUAUUGUACCUCAGGAGCCUGCAUCCGACUCACAAGAGUCUUCUGCCCCGGCUGUGACUUCUUCGGCCGUGGUUGAGGAGCCAGCUGGCAACACGCAAGAGUCUUCCCCUGCGAUCGUGACAACCUCUAUUGUGCCCAAGCAGCCCGAGUCGGAAUCUCAACAGCCUUCCGCUCCCGCCGAGACGACUUCAGCAGCGCCUGAGGAGCCUGUGUCCAACACACAAGCCUCUUCUGUCCCGAUCCUGACAACCUCGAUCGUGCCCAAGGAGCCCAUCAACACUCAGCCCGCCUCUUCUUCUGCCGAGGAGCCUAACUAUACCACAUCUGUCCCGGCCGAGAAUGAAACGACGAGCAAGGCUGAGACUUCCAGCCAAAUGGCUCCUGGCUCUGAGCCCGCUGUGGGUGAGACCACCGCAGCCGCAGAGGUUCCCACCAUGUCUGCCCAGAAGCCCGAGGCCACAGGCACCGAGAGCCUUCAGUCGAGCAUCGACCUCGGAGACAUGAAGCCCUCGUCUGAAGUCAAGACUGAGUCUGCUCCAGCUGAGAAGACAACAGCCCCUGAGGUGCCUUCCGCUCCUGCUACCUCGAGCGCACCAGCCAAGGAGCAAACCGAAUCGGAGCCGCUGUUUAACACGGUGCCUCCUCCUGAGCAGGCAACUUCUGCCGCCGAGACGUCUCAGGCUUAUGCUCCCAGCUCUACUGCCGCAGCCUCUACUGAGUCCAUCGCCAAGCCCAGCGAGCCCACCCCUGCCUUCUCCACGGUCGUGCCCCCUGGAAGCUCGGCAGUUGAGUCUGAGCCCGCUACUGCUACUACUAGUGUUGUUUCCGUGGUUGAGCCCAAGGAACCCGGUGUUCCAACUUCAUCUGCCGCUCCAGCUCAGCCCGAAACACCUGCCACUACUUCUGAAGCAGCCCAGCCCAGCAGCCAAGCCCCCACGUCUCAGCCGGCGGAACCCAACAACCCUGUCCCAACUUCUGAGGCCAAGGCUUCAACUGCUCCGGCUGAGACCUCGGUGGUUCAGCAGCCUGACACUCCAGCUCCGAGCUCGCAGCCAGCACAGCCCGAGAACCCUGCUCCGACUUCUGAGGCUCAACAGCCUAGUGCUCCAGUCCCUACCUCUGUUGCUCAGGAGCAACCUGAUGCCCCGGCUUCAUCCUCGGUGGCCGCUCAGCCUGGAGUUCCUGAUUCCAACACUCAGCCCGCCGCUGCUCCUCCUACCAGCACCGUGGUCGUCUCGGACCCAUCCUCCCCCGAGACUUCAUCGGCGAACAAGAUCGUUCCUACUGGCGAGCCUGACCCAGCGGUGCCGACCGUUAACCCCGGUGGUAUCCCCACGGGAACCAGUACCAUCCCCGCCGCUGCCUACGCCAGCAACGUAGUCAAGGCACGGGAGUACAAUGAGAACUUCGCCGGUCUGACCCCUGAGUCCGCCUGUAUGGCUGGCCAGGCUGCUUGCAUUAACGGUCAGAUCGCCGUCUGCAACAGCGCCGGUGCCUACGACCUCCGGGCCUGCGGAAAUGCCGAGGAGAAGUGCUUUGCUCUGCCCAUGUCCAACGUCCCUGAUGGUGUCAGAAUCGCCUGCGAGGACCCGACUCUAGCGGGAAAGAUCCUGGGUGGAAGCCCCAGCACUGGUGGCGGUAACAGUGAGAACGGCCAGCCGAGUAAUGGAAACGACGAGGGGCUGCCAGCAACUACAUCGGCGGCUCAGCAGAAGCCUAACCCUCCCGUGGUGACGGUCACUACUAUCGUCACUAUCGACGAUGGCGCUCCCCAGCCGACCACUGAGCCUGCCGCCCAGCAGCCUUCUCAGCCCGCUCAGGAACAGCCAAGCCAGCCUGCCAACGAGCAACCUGCUCAGCCUGCUCCCGUACAGACGGAGUUUCCUAUCAACCAUGUGUCAAACCAGCCUGUUCAGGAGCAACCUGCUCAGCCAACUCAACCUGUUCAGGAACAGCCUAGCCAGCCCGUUCAAGAGCAGCCCGUCUCUCAACAACCUACACAGCCUGCCCAGGAACAACCGGCUCAACCCACUCAACCCGUUGCUGAGCAGCCGUCCCAGCCUGCCCAGCCAGCCCCUGAGCAGCCCAGUCAGCCAUCUCAAGAACAGCCUGUCUCCCAGCAGCCCACUCAGCCGGCUCAAGAGCAACCUGUUCAACAGCCAACGCAACCCGUUGCUGAGCAGCCUUCUCAGCCAGCUCAAGAACAGCCGGCCCAGCCGGAGCAGCCAACUCAACCUGCUCAGGAACAACCUGUUCAACCCACCCAACCAGUUGCUGAACAGCCGACUCAGCCGGCCCAGGAGCAGCCCGUUCAACCUACUCAGCCAGCUCAGGAACAACCAGUUCAGCCUACUCAGCCGAUCCCUGAGCAGCCGACCCAGCCCGCUCAAGAACAACCACCCACCUCUGCUCCCGUUGUUGAGCAGCCCACUGCCGCCCCCUUGCCCGGCACGACCCUCACAAAGUCUAUCAAGAAGCCCGGCGACACCCAGCCAACCUCUGCUCCCUCCAGCGAUGAGCCCACGCCCAUCGAACUCAUCCCCAUCGACGGCCUGGAAAGUAGCGCAGCUCCGGCCCCGGCGGCCACGGAAGCAGCUAAUGCCGGCGAUGCUCAAGAGAAGGACAAGAGCAAGAGCAAGAGCCCCGAGAAGGGCCAGGAGAAGGUCGCCAUCACCAGGACCGGCGACGACGCCCACGCCACCACCAUCAUGGUCGACGGCGUCCCCACCGUGUCCGUGUACUUUACCGUGACGGUGACGGAAAAGGACCAGCCUACUGCCACGGUCACCGAGAAGGAGACGGUGACGCUGGUGAUUAGCGCAUAG